GAAGGUUCUGACGUCCAGAAGGGUCUGACUGUCAAUCUUUCUAGACUUUUGAAGGUUUGUGGGCCGGCCAGGGUUUGGAUCACAGCCACCAAACUGGAGCCGGGGAGACCAAGGCUCUAGCCGCGUUAUCAUGUUCCCAACAUUUGCCGGACCCGUAGCCUUUCCUGCUGAUACGGCAUAAGCUUCGAGAGCUUCUAACUUCUGACCCUCGACCCUCCACCACAAUUGUUCCGCCGCAUCCAACGGUACUUUUGUACAUGUUUUCGCCCCGCGCUCGUUCAUUACCGAUCUCAAUCACGUCCACUCUCCUCACUCUACCUAACAUCUCAACCACACGCACACUUGUUCACCAUGGACAGCAUCAAGAACGCAGCGACUGACGCGAAGAACGCUGUGAUGGGAAACCCUUCGGAGGCAGACAAGGCUAAGAACACCGCUGAGGACAUGGGAAACAAGGCCGUCGACGUCACCAAGUCUGCGAUCGACACGGGAGACGCUGCCGCGAAGGACGCCCAGUCCAGCGCCGAAUCCGCGAAAAAUGAGGCAGCGUCUGAGACGCAGUCUGUGGUCGACGCUACCAAAGGCCAGAUCAAGGGCGCCGCCGACGCUGUCUCCAAUAGCAUGAACAAGUAGACUGACUUUUGGGCGUUGCACAGGUUGUAGAGCGUUACAAUAUUGGACAUGUUGGCAAUCCGGUGUUUCGUGGUCCCUUUGUUUUCGGUUCAACGGACGUGUGUUUGGCUUGAUUUAGAAGUAGGGAGCAAAGAUCGCCCUUGCGUGUGGUUGAUGUAUAUAUGUAGGACGCUCCCUCGAGCAGCGGUGUGGUGAACUGGGCACAACGUACGACGUCUAUCUUACUGGGCGUCUGCUGGGCAGCACCGGACAGAUGGUUCUCCCAUUUCGUUUCACGUUUUGUAGUGCGCCAUAUUUUGCGGCGCCUCCGGUGGUGCACACGCUCUGCCGCCGUACAUGCGGGAGUAUUCUAGGUAGUCUGAUGUAUUUUCGCCUUGCCUUGUCUUGUCUAGCCAUACCUUGUCUGAUCCGGGCACCUGCACGGAUAGGUGCAGUUCCGUUCAUCGAAUGGAGGUACGCAUGGCAUGCAAUAGCUCUGAAAAAAUGGAUGGGUAGGGGAAGGUGUUAAUUGAAAGACGGACCCUAACCCUAUAACUCGAAUCGUAGCCUUAACCCUAAACCUGAACCUGAAAUGCCGAGUUUGUUCGUGGUUGUGAUGGGCUUACUUCAGCAAAUAAAUCUGAAGGGCGAAAUGACGCAUCGACAACGUGCGAUAGCGGACUGCAGGAGAAAUCCAACAGGAACCUUGGUCGUGAGGAGCUUUCUCUCUUGCCUUCAUUGUAUUGUCUUGACAUUGAAUGAAAGGAGUCGUCGCGGUCAGGAAUUCCCGGGCAGAGUAGGCGCCCAGAGUGUUAGGCUUCAAAUAUAUACCAACCCGAGUUGAUUGGGGGGAUUCGGCAUCGGAUUGGUUUCCUUGAUACCUCCAGACGAGAACAAACAAUGUGUGGUAUUUUGCCACGAAAGCCAAGUUUAUAGGUUAAGUUGGUACUUUCAGUCAUUUUUUAGGCAGCUGCCAUUAUGGUGCGGCCGUACGUCACUCAUGCACCCAAUCUCACACAGAUCGCGUCUAACUGAUUGAGCAGCGUGCGAUGAGAAACGCGCAGCUAUCCCUGAGGACCCUGAUGAUGACCCAUGUUGUUUGAAAGUGUUCUUGUGUCUCUUGUCAUGUCUCAACACCGCAGUACACUUGCUGAUCCUAGCUCCGUAGAUACACUGAAGAGUAGAGGGUGCGGGCCGUUCCUGCAGAGGGGGUCGCUAUGGCAGUAUUUCUCUUGAAACUAUCCUAGGAGUUGC